AUGCAUGAGUCUGACUCUGCGGGGCCUAAUAGUCCAACAGCUACUGAAAAGCUGGUUGAAGAAAGUGAGCAUGAUGAUGAACCAGAUGAUGAAUGUCAAAUACUGGAUAUGAACUUCAUUAAUCCCCUUAUUCCAGUUCAAGAAGAAGAUUCAGAUGAUCUCGAUAAUGAAUUUCAAAGGCCAGACAUGAAAUUAGUCGAUCCUGUUGCUGAUCCCAUUAUUCCGGUCCAAGGAGAAGAUUCAGACGUUGCCAGUGAAGAUUCUCAUCCGCUAUCUCGAAAACGUAAGGUAGCAGAUACUGACUUGGCUCAUUCUCAAACUGAUACUUCUCUGCCUGGCAAGAAGCCCAAGUUUAUAGUCAGUAUAUCAAAUUUGGCGGCUGAAUGGAAUAUGUCUCCUGAUCAAUCCAAGUCUCAAUCUUCUCAGCCUCCUUCUAGCAGCAGUAAGCCUAAGACUGACAGUGUUCUUGACAGGAUUGAUUGA